ACAUUUCAAGAACGAUUUGUUAUGACAGCUGUCAUCAUUAUACAUUCAAAAUACACUAAUCAGAUCACGUUCCGAAAUGCAUGUGCACUACUGCGAGCAAUUUCGAGUCUUAUAUUCCCUGUACGCAUCUGAGAGAAACACAACUAUUCUCAGAGUACUCAAAGUUAAUUUUGGAACGUAGCAUCAACCAUUAUUUGUCAGCAAUUUACUCUUUUGUUUCAUAGUUGGCAUUUUCGCCAUAACUCAGCUUACAUCGUCUGAAAAUGCCGAUCAAAUCCGCGAUCCUGAUUCACACCAGCCAAUCAUGGCUACAAAAAUAAGUUAAAUUACUUUCGGACCUUUUCAUAAAACAUGUGUAAAAGUAUAUAAAGCAAAAAAUGUUUUCCCGAGUUAAAAUUAAAUGUUCGAGGAGUCACGCAGCAAACCAAUUUUAAUACUCAGUUAUGAACUUACCACCAUUAUUUGGUUCCCACUUUCCAUCGUUCUUAAAGGAUUCUUUUCAAGACAAAAUAGAUAUAUACUGGUAUCACCCGGAAUUUUCCCAAAGCCGUUACCCACCGGGUCAAGAAAUAAGCGAAGCCUGCACUCUAAUAUGCAUACUCGUAGCUCAACGAAUAGCUCGAUCAGGAUUAAUCAUUUGGAAGGUGGAAACUUGUCCUGAAUUAAACGUUCUUAUAGCAGAAGCAAUAGUCGAAGGCAAUGCAACUCAUGAUUGGAUAGUAAAAAAAGCGCUCGUACCUCAUCCAUAUCUUAAUACCGAAGAAGCUCUUAAAUUUGGACGCAAAAGUUUAUAUGUAUUAAAAGAAUGGAAGUUUCGCAUAUUUCAUGACGAUAUUGGAUCAAGUUUGUACCCAAACAUAAUGAGUUUCCUGUACAAGUGGAACGCAGAUCCUAAAUCAGAUAAUUUAUUUAUGCUACUUAUCACGUGUGGACGCACCAUUCUUUUAAUAUUUCAGCAACAAACUUUUAAGGUCACAUUGUUUGAUUCUCAUGGGCAUAGCACUAACGAAUACCCUCAGCGUGGAUUAGUAGUCGCUCAGGUGGAUACAGAUAAUUUGCAUAUUUUAUGUAAUUGGUACGUAAAUACUGUUUUGCAUGAAUGUUACAAUGCACAAGCUAAUCAAUAUGAAUUAGCUUUCUUAUACCCAAAAAAUUCUCUCUGUGAAUGCCAAGGAUAUUACAAGAAUUAUACACACGAUAAUUAAUAAUUUAUGAAAAAAGCUAUUGAAAUAACAUUAAUCCUAUAGUGCAUUUGGACAACGGUAAAGAUACUUUUUUUCUUUCUAAACAGAAGCAAUAUGGAGAAAGAAACAGAAAACUUUGAAAUCAAUAAAAAUAGAAUAAUAGAAAUGAUCACAAAAUAAAAUAUUUGUAUGCAUCAUUGUAUAUAACAUUAAAUAUUAAAAAAUGAGGAUAUAUAUGAGUUAUAACAGCAUUGCGGCAAUAAAGAAGACUUACUUUAACCCAAUCCUUUAGAAAUUGACAUUCUUUCAUUGUUCUGUGUUCUUUUUAGUAUUCUGACUAGACAGAGUAAGUAUCAUCAAGACGGACUACUUCCUAAUAAUUCAUGUCAAGGUACCAAACAAAGUAAUCUUGUCUAGAUAUGUGGAAAUAUUUGAAGUGUACAGGAGGUAUAAGGUACAAGUAGGAUAAGGUCUCCCAAGUCUUGCAUCAGUCUAAAGCUUAUUCUUUAAAAAGUUACAAAAAUUAACAAGAAGCUUACAUUAUAUGACGUCACAAUGGUUUUCCUCUUUGGACAAAACUUUCGUUAAAUAUAACGAUUUAAACCUUUUGAUGGAUUAGCUCGAACGGUUUAGACUAAUCUAGAAAAAAGAUUGGCUAAGUUUGAAUUUACAAUUACAAGGUAAAUCUGGGUCUUGAAUAUAAAAAACAAACAAUAAAUAUAUGACAUGUACCGAUUGAUUAACAUCCGUGAGUAGUUAAGUGGUUCGGUUAUGGCUAUGAACUAUGCUAGAUUUUUUAUACAGUUGCUCAGUUAAAUGCUACUUUAUUCCAAAUUAAAUUUUUUCAAAUUAUGUUUAAAUUAUCUAACUUUAGUUUGGACCUAAAGAUAUAGAUCUGUCACAGUACAACUUAAUUUUCGAUUUAAAACUUUCUACUCUAGAUAUUUUAAAUAUAGAAUUAAAUAUGCUUUGGAAGUAAGAUAGAAACAGAACAUUUCAGCGGUACCGUGCAAGUCAAUUUUAAUAUUAAAAAAAUAUUAUUAUAAUUUAACACGGCAAUUAUUUUUAUAACGAAUGUUAUGAUCUCUUUACUAUGUAGCGCACUUUCCAUUCAAAUACUUCAAAGGCUACAUAAAACGAUAUUCUUUCAAAAAUAGUAGAAGUAAGCACAGAUAAAGUUUCUAUCCUACACCGUUAGUAAUGCUUUUUUCAAUUCUGAAAUAAUAGUGUUUUGUCGCAAGCAGUCUUAAAUUGGUUUGGAUAAAAUAAAAACGUCUACAAUAAAAAGGUUUACGGUUAUGAGAAAGAAUUUUAAAAAUUAUUAAAUUUCAAUCAAAGACAAUCUUACAAUGACAAUAAGUUACACAUAAUGUAGCAGUGUCUUACGAUUUUAUUUCA